CCUUUCGCGACACUUUUGCGCCGCUCCCCCUCCUCCCCGUUCCCAGCUUUACGGCCGGUGCUUGGCGGCGGGCCCGUGGAGCCGGAAGCGGGCAGCGGCGGUGGUCGUGAGGGAGACCGGAGCUGCCCCUGCCGAGCGGGGCCACAUGAGGAGGAGGAAACAGCAGCGGCGACGGCUGUGCUGACUGAGGCGGGGGCCCGGCCAAGAUGAAGCUGAGCACGCAGGCCUACUGCAAGAUGGUGCUCCACGGCGCCAAGUACCCGCACUGCGCCGUCAACGGGCUCCUGGUGGCCGAGAAGCAGCCGCAGCACCACCAGCAGCAGCGAGGCCGGGAGAGGGAGCCGACGGGGCCUCACCUGCCGGCGCACGCGCUCUUCGUGGACUGCAUCCCGCUCUUCCAUGGCAGCCUUGCCCUGGCGCCCAUGCUGGAGGUGGCGCUCACACUGAUUGAUUCAUGGUGCAAAGAGAAUAGCUAUGUAAUAGCCGGGUACUAUCAAGCUAAUGAACGUCUGAAAGAUGCCAGUCCAAACCAGGUUGCUGAAAAGGUUGCCUCCAGGAUUGCAGAAGGCUUCAAUGACACAGCCCUCAUAAUGGUGGAUAAUAGUAAAUUUACAAUGGAGUGCAUAGAACCGACUGUUCAUGUGUACGAACAUCACGAAAACAAAUGGAGAUGCAAAGACCCGCACUUUGAUUACUGUGAAGACUGGUCAGAAGCCCAGAGGAUCUCUGCCUCACUUCUGGACAGCCGGUCCUAUGAAACACUAGUAGAUUUUGAUAAUCAUUUGGAUGACAUCCGGAAUGAUUGGACAAAUCCAGAGAUUAAUAAAGCUGUCCUGCACCUCUGCUAGGGAGUCUCCCAUUGACUUGAUUUGUUGGCAUUUCCACUGUGCUGAAGAAGAAACAAAAGGGGGAGAUGAAUACUUUUUGAAUGUAAAUAAAGUACUAAAACGGUUCCUUCAAGUGAUGUGGAAAGCCAAUGAGUGAGACACAUCACUUGGGAGAGAGAGAAAAAAAGGAUGUGUCACUAUGCAGUCAAAUCUUUUUAAUGAGAAUCCUUGAGGUUCCAACCGUAGUUUGCAGAUUCCUCUGUGGACUCUUCUCCUCCUCGGCAUAAUACGUUGCUAUAAUUCUCCAGCCGGGAACUAGAUCCACUUAUCCAAGCUAUUCAUAUUAAAAAGUUUUGACUAACCUUUUAUAACCUUUAGAGAGUAAUUUUUAAAAGAUUUAAGAUUUAUGAAAUAUCUUCCAGAGAGUUAAUUGCUAGUUUUAUUUUUUAAAGAAUCAAAUCUAUAACUAUAAGUGAAAAUACGUGGCCAGUUUGAGAGCUGUUGUUCUAAGUGCUAACUGCUGGGUGUUGUGUGCCACCGUACUUGUUGCUAUGACAUGCUGCACAGGAAGAAAACAAUAGCUUGACAAGCAAUAUACCCACCAGAUGCUGCCAAGUUUCUCUGUCGUUCUGAGAAUGCUGCAAUUUUUCUGCCUAUCAGACUCAAAUGUAAUGAGCCUGGUCGUUUUUCACCAUGAGUGGUUUGCCCAUUCCAAGGGCUCGUUGUGUCUUGAAGUGGUUAAAAAAAAAAAAAA